GUUGUCGUCAUGGCGAUAAAAUGGUUCCACUUUUUAAAAAACUUAAAUUAAAAAAAAGUCCCUUAGCCGUCAACCAAUCCAUUCUUGCUUUCACCCGAACCGAACCAGUUUUGGCUUUGGAAAUAUUUCCAACAAUUCCGGAUUAAUCAAAUCCUCCAAAAUAAACACCUCACCAGUGGGAAAGUUCUUUCAAAUAUACGCAACGUUUCAUAAUUAUCACGAGGUUUAACGAUUUGAACCGACGCAGCCAUUCUAAAUCAGUUAUUGCAAAUUAAAAUUGACAUGUAACUGGUGUGUGUGGGGAAAAAUAAUUCCUAAGUAGAAGUGGUGCGUAAACGGUUUAACGUGCUAGUAAGGCGAUUUGGAAUAGUCCUUUUGUACUUCAUCAUCACGAAUUCACUACUGAUUCCAUCGUGUCGUGUGGAAGCCUGAGGUGUACUCCCUGUCCGUGGUGUUUACACUCCCCGUCCUCUAUAACGUAGACAGAUAAAGUGUACACAAAUCCGGUUCCAAUGAGACGAGGGGAGGAGAAAGGGACCUCCUGCCAUGUGCUCAGCUCAUCAGAACACGCAGAUGUAUAUCUGUAUAAUACGCCUGUUGUUUAACUGGAAAACACUGCCGUGUUGUUUUCUGAUUUUUUUUUUUCCGUUUACAUCUUCCUGCCUUUCACGCACUCAGAUCCCCGAAACCUCAGUAUGAGAGGUGGGUGGAGAAGAAAAGAAACAGUGCUCUCGUUUCAUUGGCUCACACCGAUCUCUCUCUCUCUCUCUCUCUCUCUCUCUCUCUCUCGGCUCUGAUUUCUACAGUCAGAGAACAAGUUCUGAAUCCAGAACCCACUUCUUUUUCCUCCCAGCCACUCCGUUUUAUUGCCCCCCGGAGAGGUGCAUUGUGGUUGUCCCCCGUGCAUCACGUCUCGGUCCGUUUCUCAAUCAGGAAGAUCUGGUGGCCAGGGCCGAGUGGGUGGAGUCUGGGAAAGUGCGAAAUGCUCAGCAGGGAUAAAGCUCCUGGGAGAGAAGGGGAAGACAUUAAGACAGCGGCCAGGACCCCGAUUCUGGCCCAGGAUUAAAAAUAACCCCACAACAAUAACGCAGACCCCGAGUCGGGUCCGCAGCUCGGCCCGAGAACCGCCGUUCCCAGACCGCUCCGAUUGUUUACGCAGAAAUACCCCGGCUACAAGUGACGUGGUGUUAGUGCAGCGUCCGUAAUAACAUAGCACAAACUCUUCACUUUUCUGAAGUGUUCAGGUGUACAUGGCAGUACACUCGAUUGGUCCAGUAAAGAAAAAUAAUGCCAGUUAAUUAUUUAAUAAUACGGGCACAUGACGUGCAAAUGAGAAAAUGAAACGGUCACCUUGUUCCACGUUGUAGAUGUGGAGCUUUGUCGAUUUCCCCUUUUACCUUUAUUUAAUUAUUAUAUUUAUUUUUAUAUUUUGAUUUUGCAUUUUUUUUUUAAACUUUAAGUAUGCGCCCUUAAAAAAAAGUUGAGGGCUCCAAGUAAAACCUUUUUUUUUUCCUUUUUUUUUUCUUUUUCUUUUUUGCAGAGCCCUUAAUGACCCACCUGAUGAACCCUUAAAGAACAUUUUUUUUUAUAAGGAGUGUUUGUACUAACUGGGAAAUUAUUGCUCUUUUUUUUCCUUCCUAAUAUCUAGAACCUGUCAGCUCUUGGUACUUGGUGUGCUCUUAUUUAAAAAAAAAAAAAAAAAAAGAGGGUUUUUUGUAGGAUUGAGGGUUGUUAACCUCCUAAAAGGGAUCUGAAAAGGGUUUCUGGUGAUCGGGAAUGAGUUGUAUCUGUUUUAGGGUUCUACAUGGAACCUUUAAGAAUAAGAAAGACCCACAAAUAAAUAUUUUCAUAAAAAAAUCAAGUUCAUUAUUUUUGUCUUUCACAAAUAGAACAACCAAAGUAUAACAAGCGUGUAGAUUUUUGACCCGCGGGCUUUAUUUAAUUCUUUACUUCUUCGUGUAGUUGAUGUUUAAUUUUCCAGAGUGGUGUACGUUUAAUGUUGUUGGAUAUUUUUUGGCAUGGUCACAACUCGCAGGCGGUGUAGUUCUUUAUAGGCGUAGAGCGCCGUACAGACGUACGCAGGCGAAUGCCGCUCUCGCGUGUUGUUCUAUUCUUUCUUGGCGGCAUGUGAGGAAAGUCACACAUCCUCGGGUGGUGUACAGCUCACAGCCCGGGCAUGGAGAAGCCAUUCCUGGUGUUAAUGGCUUUAAGGAUUGUUGAAGCGAGCGUAAUCUAUUGCCCUCGUUCAAGGCGGAACCGGAAACCGAGGGCGGGACUUCGGUAUCACCUGGUGAAGCUCCUGGAGAAAUUCGGACAGGUGGAGCAGUUUGAUUUCCUGUUCCACAAGUCCGGACCGCUGGAGGGUCAGCCGAGAGGAUACUGCUUCGUCAACUUCCACACCAAAGAGGUUCCUCUCACAUGUCUGAUUCAGAAGUGUCCAUGUUUGAUGCUACUUCUGGAGGCUGAACGGGCCAUACAGUGUCUCAAUGGAAAGCUGGCGUUGUCCAAGAAACUGGUGGUGCGUUGGGCCCACGCACAGAGGUUUGAGCCCUACAGAGGAGAUAAGAACCUGCCUGCUAGCUUGGAGCCGUCGUGCAGCGAAGCAGAAGAGCAGCCGACCUCGCUGAGUGUCAGUGCGAAGAUUAAAGCAAUCGAAGCCAAGCUGCAGAUGAUGGAGGACAACGUGGACGAGGAAUACUCGGGCCCGUCGCCGUACCUUUACAACAAACCUCCCGAGAAGAAGGACAAGAGAUCUCAGCCUUAUAACAAACAGUUCCGCAGGUUCAAGAGAUGACCUCGUCCUCACACACACGCGCACACACACACACACACACGCACACGCAGGCACACGCAGGCACACUGAGGACUUCUGGUUAAUAAAAACACACACUCUUUAAUGCGCUGUUCUGUCAGGACCGGAGGAGGAGGAAGACCUUCGUGUGGAACACUUCUCUCUUUCCCAGUGGAUGGUUUUUUUUGUUUGUUUUUUUUAAUGAAUAUUUUAAGGUUUUGUACAUUUUUUGUAACUUUUCAGUUUUUGACGAUUUCCUUUCUCCUUCUCUAACUGAAACCUUUUACUCGUGCUUGAAACAUCUUGCGUGUUGAGUUAUGAACUCCAUCGUAAUCCUGCGUCGUGUCUGUUGUUUUAUUUGGUUGUAUUUUGAGAAUAUUGUAAGUCUGAAAGCACAGAACUGGACCUGAGCUCCAGGAGUCACUUCACUGUCGACUCAACCCCCCCCCGACUUCAAUCACGUGAUCUACACUGACGACGAGGAGCGACGUGACGCGACGUGACGUUCGGCUCACUGUUUUAUAUCCAUUAUGACGAUAAUGUCCGAGCACCGUUGGAAUUGAGUUCGAGCUGUAGCUGUGAUCUCAUUGUUUUAUUAAUCUCAAGGAAAAACUUUUAAAUAAUAAUUAGGUUUAUGUUUUAACCCUGAACUAGGAAUAGAAAUGCUCGUCUUUUCACUUGUAUUUCAGAGAAAUUCGCCAUCUGACCGCCGUCUAAACCUCUGUAAUACAUGGAACGUGUUAACUAUUAUUUUAAUAUUUUCAUAUAAUGAUUUCCUUUUUUUUUUUGUUUUUUUUUUUUGGUCCUGAAAUAAAAAUACCAAUGAUCGUCUUUUCAGUAA